CAACGUGCCCGGGGGUAUGGAGGCGCUUGUGGACCUGGAUAGUUCGGUGACGUACGCAGUGCAGAUACCUGCAGCCAACCUGCCCCUAGUGGCCACUAGCAGUGUCCCCGUCCAGAUCUACAUCAUCCACCACUCGCGAUGUCACGGCGACAACAGCGGCUCGGCUGCUCUAAGUAUUGUCGUGCCGACCCAGCUCUUCUAUAACGCUUACCAGUUUGGGUUUCCCAACAUCCUUGAGACGGUCCACUACGUGAUAUUUGUUAUAGAGAAAGACUCGAAGUCCAAGCUGAUGAUCGGGGCUGACCACGCCACACAUGUAAAGUUCGAGAACAACAUUACAUGGACGGACGUGGUGGGGGAUGCCGUGUGGACUGUGGGGUACUACAAGGUGCCAGAGAGGGAAGAGAAGGAGGUUUUUACCACGGACGCCAGAAAGUUUGGGUGUUACGUCUACGGCGUGGCGGAGACGAUCAGCUACAUGCAUCCGGCGGGGUUUGUUUCGUCUGAUGUUGAACAGAUUUUCUGUAUGAAGACAAGAGGUGACCCUGGGGAUCUGAUGGACAACGAUUGUGACGGGUGGGUGGACGAGGAAUACGAGAACAGCAGAGAUGAUGAUAAAGAUGGCUACAUAGACGAAGAUCUGGUGGCUAGACCUCGGAAACACGGUGGGUGGAGCGACUGGGGGGAGUGGCACUGUGCUGAGAACUGUAUCAACUCCUUCUUGGUCAGGGAAAGGGCCUGUAACCUGCCAGAGCUGGAGAACUGCGGCCGCUACUGUAAGGGUUCACACAAGGACAACAACAGCAAGCCGUGCUUUGUGGCCUGUGAAAUCUGUGACAAGGGUCAGUUCGGGCCGAAAUGUGACAUGUACUGUCGCAACUGUGACCCCGACUGUGACAAGGUCACUGGCAGGUGUGAAGUGUGUAAACCUGGAUAUCGCUUCCCUAACGCAAGCUGCAACACACCCUGCCCCCGCUGGACAUGGGGAGAGAACUGCAAGGGGGAGUGUGCCAGCAAGUGUAGCGCCGACUGCGAGAACAGGGUCACGGGGGACUGUCCAGAGUCAAUGAGCAGUACGUACAUUCUUCUAGCGGCCCUCUUUGUGUUACCACUGGCUUGUUUCGUCAUCUUCAACUGUCACAAAAAACGCCGCGGCUCUAAGGAUGACGACGACGACGACGACGACAAUGACACGUACGUGCCCAACAUCGCCACCCUGAAGAAGAUGUUCAAGGAGAAGUCCAUCGUCGCGGCCAAGAAGGGCGGCUCGGACCAGACCUCAGCCACAGACACCAGUUAG